CUUUGUCAUUAUAAAUAAAUAUGGCGACAGUCUGUUGAAUUGUAAAACGGUUGAAUUGAUGGUGAUUUACCGAGGUUAAUAAACGGGUGAAAAGCUCGUCGAGCAGUUGAACGAUUAACAAGGUGACGAUGGAGGCGGUGGGUCUUGGCAGCACUCUUUUAGCCGGAGAUCCGCGCUUGGUUGAUCAUAUAGUUGGCGAAGUUAAAUCUCAAGGAAUUUUUGAUCAGUUCCGGAAGGAAUGCAUCGCUGAUGUUGACACGAAGCCAGCGUAUCAAAACUUGCGUACCAGAGUCGAAAGUUCCGUCAACACAUUUCUCUGCAAGCAAAUAUGGAAGCCGGAUAUGAACAAGAACCAAUUGCGAGAGAAUUUGCGAAAGCAUAUACACGAUGCGGCUUACUUGGAUGUCGGAGUAGAACGCAUCGUCGAUCAAGUUGUUAAUCCAAAAGUUUAUUCGGUCUUUAUGCCGCAAAUCGAAGACGUGGUUCAUAAGUUUCUCGGAAUUGAACGACCCAAAGAACGUGAAAAAAAUGGUACAAAAAGCCUCAAGGAUUUACUACCGAAAGAUUUGGAUCCUGUUUCACCAGAGUCGGACAAGAACAGCUUGAAAGAUGUCUCGUUGGAAUCUGUGGAUGCGAACUUGACCGCGACUGUUGGAAGCAACGAACAUUCACCAUUGAAAGAUGCAAAUAAAAUUGAAAUAAAUAUUCAGAGUAAUGAAAAUAGCAACGAUAAACCAGCGAACGAUUGUAACUCGGCUAACAGACAAUCCGAAAAUUUAAACGAUCAAUUCGAUUGUGCUAGAAAAAAUUCUAACAAAAACCCUUUUGCUUCAAGUUUAAACAUUUCUGGACGAUCAGAGGAAAAACCUGAGGAGGAAGAAGAAGACAGUCCGAUGUUUGAACCAAUAGAUAUAAUGAAUUUUAACGAGUCUAAUGAUUCGCAUUUGUCGGGUAUUUCAGAACUAACAAGCCAUAGAUCACGAAGCCCAGAUUUUUCAAAUGAUUUUUCAAGGGAUAACUUAGACUUUAGUAAUCACGAUUCUCAACUAAGUAAAGUUUCUUCAGAUUCUCGAUUGUCGAUAGUCACUGAUUUCGGUUUGUCCAACCAUGCAACAACGCCGAUGCUGUCCGAAGCUAUAAAGGAAGACAGUAACAAAGGGAAGUCGGUGGAAUCUGUUCACAUUAAAAGUAGCAAAGAUAAUUUCAAAGCAAUUCGAGAUAUUGAUUCAAACAAAGGUAAUGCCAAGGAUGGAAGAAAUUCUUCGGAAAGUAUUCAAAGUAAGGAAACGUCGCAGGAACUCCGAGAUUCCAAGGAUUCAAAAAGUAUUAAAGCAUCGUUAGAUUCCACCGAUGCUGCAGUCAAGGACAAAAAUGAUUCCAAAGAUAAAUAUAAAGAUAGCGAUGCUAAAAAGACAAAGUCUAGCAAAGAACAGGAUGAUAUCAAGGAAUCGAAAUCUUACAAAGACCGCGACAAGGAUCACAGAAAGAGACAGACUUCGCACAGCAGUUCUAAGAACGAAAAAACUGACAAAUAUUCGAAAGAGAAGUACAGGGAAAAGUCAGAGAAAACACGCGACAGCUUUGAGAAACCCAAAGAGAAUUUGGAUAAGUCCAAAGAGGCAGAGAGGCCCAAAGAAGAGAAAAAGGAUUCAGAGAAAAGGGAAAGCGUUGGAAAGGAUUUGAAAGAUAUGUAUAAAGAAAAGAUUCGAGAAUUAAGAGAGAAAAAAGAGUUGACUGAAAAGGAAAAACUGGCAAAAGAUCCCAAAGAUUCUAAAUCGACUAAAGAUUCUAGAGACAGAAAAGACUCGUCAAGAGAUCGACGAGAUUCCAGAAGCUCUUCUGCCAAAAACUCUAGCCGUCACGAAGAUAAAGCAAGUAAAAAUGAUGACAAGUCAGUCGUCAAAACUGAUAGCAAAUCAUCGAGCAAAGCUAACGAACUUAAAGACUCUAAAAGCGAAACAAAGGACAGAGGGAAACGUGACGAUAAAUGGCAGUCUAAAGACGGCAAAGAGAGCCGAAGUAAAAGUUACGGUAAUGCAAAAAGUGAUUCGACAGAAAAGAGCGACAAGUCUGAGGUAAAGAAAGAAGGUAAAAAUGAUAUUCAAACCAAAGAUUCGGAGCGAAACGAGCGUUCCGAUGCAAGGAGAGAUUCAAAAUCGGACACGAAAAAAGAUUUCAAAACUGAAUCUCAGAGUAAAGAUUAUGAAAAAAAUGAUCGAUCGGAAGCAAAGAAAGACUCGAAGGUCGAUUCCCAGAACAAAGAACGAAAGAGGAAAAGUGACAAGAAAACAAAAGCAAAAGACGAUCAUUCCAGUUUGAGGAAAAAUCCAAGUGAGCGACGUUCGACUGACCGAGACGGUUCAAAUGGAUCGAGUAGCAAAAAUUCUCAAAAGAGUAGCUCAAGCUCUAUUGCCAAUUCGAGUAGAACAGGUUCUAGCAGCUUGACUAAAGAAUCGGGCGGGACGAGCAACUCUAGCAGCGAAACAUCCGAUAGUGUGGAUAUUUCACCCACCGAUGAAAUCACGUCCGCAAUAGAACCAAUGGAAAAGAAUAGGGAAAGUGUAAAUAGAGUGAAACCUUUGACGAUUAAAAUAACAAACGAGAAUGAAACUAGCCAACCUGACUAUUACAUCGAAUCCGAUUUGAUGCCUAAAAGAGUAGAAUUAGGGCAUGCCGAAUUGAGUUUACCAUUGAAAAAACGUCCGUUACAAACGGACGUCUCUGCUCCAAAUCCGAAUGACUUCAAAGUGAAGAAACCAAAGUUUGCAAAGAACUUUCAAGAAGCGAAAAAGCUGAUGAAAAUUAGAAAGAAAAUGGAGAAACAGAGAAUGAAAGAAUACGAAGCGGCAAAAGAGAAAUUUCAGAUGGCUAGUCAUUCUGAUAAGCCUACAGCGUUGCCGCCAACUGAGAAAGAGAAACAGUCUCCUGUGCUUCCGGAUGACGAGAGAGUUCAAAUUAUAGAAGUCACCGACGACGACUACGAAGAACCUUAUCCAGAUCUUUCUAUGAAAGAAAUAAAUAUCAGUCUUGAACGACAAUCUAUAUCCAGUUUAGAAAAUCCUCUGGUAUUUAAUCCUGAAGAAAAUUUGACGAAUGUUUUGGAAAAGCAAUCCACCUUGUCGGAAAUGGAGAAAUCGAUUAGACGUUCGUUGGAAGAUAUGAUAUCUGAUAGGAAAUUAGUAGAAUUAAAACCGCAGGUGGAAAAUAGUAACGAUUCAAUGGCAGCCAUGAAAAGUGUGCAAGAUAAUGCCGAUGUGCCAAAACACAGUGAAACAGGACUUGAAUCUGAAACUGUAGUAAACAAUUCGAUGAAUAAGAAGUCCAGUAUUACAGAAGCUCCUUAUGACAGGACAAUUAACAACGCAUUAGCAAAUUAUCUAGUGGAAAGUAUAUAUACAUCUGAAGCCAAAGCAAGGUUCUUGCAAAGUGUGGAAUCCGAAAAAGGCCGAAUAGAAGAUUCAGUGAAAUCGAUAAUACACGACGAACAAAAAGGCGAUAGUGAUCGUUUAGACGUGAAAGCAUCUGAAAAACGAAUGUCUUCAAAUGUUUAUAACAACCUGAACGUUAACACGACUGAUAAAGUUCCAUUGUCAACGGCGGAUGAUGAACAUAAUUGUUUGUACUUUGAAGCCGACAAUGAAAGAGCUGUGAAAUUUUCAAAGUUUUUGCAAUCAGUUGAGUUUGAGGCCCUAGAAGAUAGCACAGAUCAACACAAUUCUACGGAGUCUCUUGAAAAGAUUUUAGAAAGUCUAGGAGGCCAAAUCGUUUCGUCAUUGCCUAAAACAAUGGCGCCGCCCAUGCCGAAGCGGAAACAAUCGACGAGUCCUUUGAUGGAUAUUAUAUUGAAUAAUACGAAUAAUAACAACAAUCGUCAGACGAUAAAAGAGUCGACGCCAGAGUCCGAGUCGAGUGCUUUUAAAAAACGAAAGCUGGGCCGUCCUAAGAAACAACAAAGAGCCGUCGCCAACAUAUGCGCAAUCCAAAAUUUACCCAAUGGAGAGAACUUUGUUAUGCCUUUGAGCCCAGAAAGCGACGUGUCGGCCACUAGUGAAAAGAAUUUGCUUCAUCUUCUGAAAGAGGACAAAAGCCGGCAGAGAAGCAGUCAACGUUACUCAAGCGAUGACCUUUAUAAGCCGAGGCCUUUUUUCUCCAGCUCGUCCAGGCGAAGUAGAAGAUCCAAUCAGGCAUAGCAUUCUUUUAUAGCACUUAGUGUUAGAUGUUAAUGAAACGCAAGACUCUAAAAAAAAGAGUAC